AUGGGAGGCGCCAUAAAGAAAGACAAAAAUCAAGUGAACGAAUUUAUAAACAAGAUAGGCAAUCUUACGGCAAGUGGAGGAGGGGAUUGCCCAGAAUAUGCAUUGGAAGGUAUGUUCGAAGCAAUCAAUCAAGAUCCCGUAGAAGGAUCUCCGUUGUUUGUUUUCACCGACGCCUCGCCAAAAGAUGGCACAGUAAAAAAGAUGGAGCAGCUCCUUGUUCUUGCUCAAUUCUGUGGAGUAACCAUCAACUUUUUCACGGAAGAAUCUUGCGAUAAUCCACCUAGCAGUACAUUUGAAGUUUACAGACAGUUACAGGUCAAGACCGGAGGAAAGUAUUGGCGGAUUCCACACACUGAAUUGAAAAGUUUGGCAAACUUUACGGACACAUAAUUAGGUAGGGGCUCGUUGGUUUUAAAUGCAUACAAAUGAACGAUGAGGUACAAUAGACCUUUCCCCUUAUAACCAAAAUUUUGAUCUAGGCAAGUCUAGACAAAAAUUUCAUCACAGCUUGAAAGAGCAUCACAAAAUUAGUAAUAUUCCAAAGUUUCCAUAAUAUAGCCUUGCAAAGUUUGCAAUUUUCAGUCAUUUUGCAUUACAAACGGGAAAUUGCAGCCCCAACACCCGAAUCGGAUGUCAAUUUCCCGUUUGUAAUACAAAAUGACUGAAAAACGGCAAACUUCGCAAGGCUAUAUUAUCCGUAUUUUACAAGAUUUUGCAACAAAACUUUGGAAUAUUACUAAUUUUGUGAUGCUCUUUCAAACUGUGAUGAAAUUGUUGUCUAGAUCGAAAUUUUAGUUAUAAGGGGAAAGGCCAUUGCCGUCAUGCAUUAUACAUUCAUUUCAGUUUCCCGUGCACCAACGCGUGCUUAUUGCAUGGUCUUCCACCCAAAAAUGCAGUAUUCAUAGCGUUCUUUAUAAAAUCCGUAUAAUUUUAAGCACAAAAAUAUACCCUAAACCGAGAAAUCCAGGUAAUUCUAGACCUUCUUAGGGUAAAACCGUCAUUUUACCGAUGCAAAUGAAGGUAUGCGAUUGAUUUAUUCUAUUGUUCCACUUUUCAAUUAUAUUGUUCUAUGUAAGCAUAGUCUAUCAAAAGGAAUAUGGCUGUGAAACUCACUAGAACAACAAUAUAAGUUAUUCUCUAUGUUGGUCAACGUUUAUUCAUAAAUCUGGUCCUUCACCGUCACGUGCGUGUUGUAUUUUUGCCCAAAUAACCAACAGCAAUGUUUUAGGAAAGUUAUCUAUCCGUGACUCGAACAAUAGGGUAAAUUGGAAAUUGCUAUUGGUGGAUUUGGCAAAAAUACAAUAAGCACGUGACGGUGAAGGACCAGAUUUAUGAAUAAACGUUGACUAACAUAAAUAAUGAAUUUUAGUAUUUUUGCACAAGUGAAUAUAACAAAUCCUACAAGUUGAUUGGUCAAAUUUAAUGUAUUAAGCUGUUAUAUUCACCUACAGGUGAAUAUAACAAAAACGAAAAUUUUCAAAAUGGUGGCUAGCCGUUCCGUGGAAGUUAUUGAUAAAAAAUAAGCGAAAUUAAAAUUAGAAAAACACAAAAGACUUGUGUAAAGAUACUAAAACAAUUAUUCGCCUCAGGCUCGGUGAUUAUUCACCUCGACUUCGUCUCGGCGAAUAUUCUCCGAUAAUCACAUCGCCUUCGGCGAAUAAUUGUUAAAUAUUGUUAUUCUAAUGAGUUUCACAACCAUCUUCCCUUCGAUAGGCUAUGAUGUAAGUUAUUCUAAUAUAUGGAGAAAUCCUAUAUUUUACCCUAUAGAGAGGCCUAUCUUAGUUGGGCAAUGAAAAAUGUAAACGUUAAUACUGAUCCUGUGUCAGCUGAGUAUAAUCUAUCAUACUUGACUCAAAUAUGAUGACAAAAGUUUUAAUUUGAAAAAAAUGUUUUCACGGUGGAAGACCACCUUAAGAAAAAAUGUUAAUGAGGUGGACGAGAGUUUAAUCAGAUGAGCUUGAAAUGUCAAUUUGGAUGCUGGAAAAAAUAAAACAACUGUUCAAUGCAAUGGGUAGAGUGACGGUCGAGACAAUAAAUGUUUCGUUGUUCUCUGCAGUGCCAGCAUUAAUAUGAAAAGGUUUUUUAUAUCGUGUGGAUGAUUCUGAAAUUAGUUGAAUAGGAUGUCAAAAAUGGAUGCCAUUAGUUUAAUGGGAUGCCAUUCCUACCACGAAGCAUUAGUGAUGGCGGGGUAUGAAAGAUUUAGAUAAUAGAUGAAACACAAUCUGUUUAAAAAUCUUGAGCAAAAUGAUUAAGCAUGGCUCUCUAAAGGAACACGUGUCGCAAUCCAGAGCAACUGCUCUGACACCAACACAACACCAGGAAUUCAAAUGACUUCUCAUUAUACAAGUGUGGAACAGAACGCUUCAAAACUAGCUUCUUCAUCCCUCAGGGUAAUUUUUUGUGGAAUACCCCUCGUUUCAGGUCUAUAACUGAUAAAUAUACAAUGCAAUUAUUUUUCUUUUUAACUUUCUUAACUUUGUAAACACUUUGUAAUUCAAAUCUUAUUUGCAAAAAAAUGUAGCUAAACCAUUAGUAAUAAUAAUAAUAAUGAAUAAAAAUUUCGCCCUUCUCCGGAUUUAGGUAAUCUGGCGACGGUAGGAUCUGGUGGUACAGUUUCGAAGAGAAGAAAGAGGCGCAGUACCGUGGACGAAAUUUUAAUUCCGCUCGACGAUACCAUUUCCCAGUUAAUUGUUUCUGCAACAACCGAGAACAAUGCAAAUGGCAUCAGCUUACAUGCUCCUUCAGGAGUGGCAUGGACCGAGGGAAUGAAUCGUCUUUCCAAUGUUGCUAUUUAUAUUGUUGACUCGCCUACGGAUGGUAACUGGAAGAUUCAGAUCCCUGUAGACGCGGGGGAAUACGAAUACUCAGUCAAAGUUUCGAGCACUGAGAAUAUUAACUUUGAGCAUUGUUACAGGAAGAAGGUGUACAGGAAAAUAUUCGAAUUAAUACAUCCUAUAGCUGGUAAGUGACCGUUCUUUUUAUAGUGCCUAUAUCACUUGUGGAACUUUUAUGGAUUUCAAAAGAAAUUGAAUAGUUCGUCAAUAAGUUCUAGAGCUUUUUUUUUAUUUAAUGCAAUAGUUUUGAGGAUAUAGGCCUUUAAACAACGGACUGUUCCUGAGUCCCAGCCACCUGGGGUCUAAACACGGCUAUUGAAUUUGGCCUUUUUCGAAACUGUCCAUUGUGUAUAGGAGCCUGGGACUCAGGAAUUGUAGGUAGUUUAGAGGCUUGUAUCUUCGAAAUUAUUGCACCGAAUAAAAAAAAGCUUUUGAACUUAUUAACUAACUUUUUACGCUCUUUUCAAAUCCAUAAAUGUCCCACAAGUGAUGUAGGCACUUUUGUAAGAUUUAUUUCGGUUUAUAGCGACUAUAUAUAUUUUUUUAUAUUUACAAAAGGUGAACCAGCUCAAGUCGAUCUUACAAUAUUUGGAGCGAAGCAAGUUCAGAAGGAUUCAGUCCUUGUGGACAUCGUCGAUAUCAAUGGCAAAGUCCUUAUCCCUGAUAUAAAACCGACACGAAAUGACGAAAAUGGCUUACGCUAUAGUUUCACAUUCAAUCCACCAAGUGAGCAAUUUAAAAUAUUGAUUAAAGGAAGAACAAGAAAGAACAAGGUAUUCCAGCGAGUGUCACAGCGGGCCAGUCAGGUGAAACCAUUGGUUCUUAAACAACUUUAUAAUUCGGGAAGAGAUUCUAUCAGACAAGGUGGUAGCACGUUUAUCAUGUUGUGUUUGAUCAACGGCAUGAACACAGAUCAAGUGUUUAGGACUUCAUUCAGGGAUACUCUUGGGUACAAGGUAAAUAAUAUAUUAUUAAUUCAUAUUAUUAGUUAUAGAUGUAAACUUGUGUAUUUUAAUUAACAUAUUGUGCUGUUUGUUGCACUCUUUCCUUUGUGACCUCGUGUCUAUGUGUUUCCUCGUGUUACAUGUAUAAAUGCCCGGUCAAUAGGAUAAAGGUUAGGCUAGUUAUUGAUCAAGAUAAAGUAACACGCAGUAUUCGUUGCACUAAACGUGUUAUAACCCUAUCGCAUUGCCACGAACACAUCGAAGGGAGGCCAAUGGCGUUGGAUUGCAAUAAACAGUAAAAUCUAUAUAUUGGGACACAAAUCCUGUUCCUUUCCCCCAGUCACACCUAUGUCGUUUUUCUGUUUGUGGGAUUAUAAUACUCUAUAUUGUGACAAAUCAUUAAAAUGUGAGAAAAAAUACGAGCGACAUUCUAUAUAAAUGAAGUGUUAAAUGAAAUUUGGUCAAUUUUGGGCAUCGCUCAAUGGAACAGAAUGGUAAAAGGCCUAUAGUAACGGCUGCAGGUCCAACACAAAAGUGCGACUAACCACUGAUAUAAUUUUUUGUAUGUGUAAUAAGAAGAAAUGUAAUGUAUCUUUAUAGUAAAAAUCUUGAUCAACUUUUUCACUGUCAAAGUUUCCGGAUAUGAUGUCAUUAGGUGAAUUUUGGUACAAAAAACAAAGGAAAACUAAUUUGCAAUUCACCUAAAGGACAUCAUAUCCGGAAACUUUGACAGUGAAAAAGUUGAUCAAGAUGGGAUUUUUUAUUAUAAAGAUAUAUUACAUUUCUUCUUCGAAUGACCCAAAUAUUACGCAUACCAAAAAUUAUAUUUGUCGCACUUUAAAAGCACAGUUCAGCCUUUUGAAUGAUGGUUAUUAAGGCGCAUUUCAGCCCUUUUAGUUGAAAGAACUAACUGUGAAAAUCAAUUAAGCAUAAUUCAAGAUCAGCAAACUUAAUGUUUUCAACAUUUUAAAACAUUCUUAUUGUUAAAAACUCGGCGUUCACUGAUAUUGAAUUAUGUAUAAUUGAUUUUCCUAGUUAGUUUCUCAAUUAAAAGGGCUGAAAUGCGCCUUAGAAACCAUCAUUCAAAAGGCUGAACUAUGUGCCUUUAAAUGAAAUGUGGUUAACAUGUCACUAGGUGUCUCUUCUUGGGCGAAAACGAACAACACUGAGGGCAAAAAGCAAGACGUUCUUGCGCGUUGCUGUUCGAUAUGGUGGAGGAAAACGGGGCAAAGUUGGCAAAAAUGAAAAUAUCAUUAUAUUGGUGCAAGGUAGUCGUGGUGCAAGCACAACUGAAGUUAUUCAAUUGAUGGUGAAGAAAUGA